CUAUUGGUCAUUUCCGGUAACGAAAUCUUAUGCAGACGGCUAAUUUCUGCUACGCUCGUUAUGUACCCUGGAUUGUCAUUUUAUGAUUUCAGUGAAAAUUUCUUUUAUAUCUGAUUACAAUCAUAUUCCAAGAAAAUAUAAAGGAAAAUGGCUGCCUUAACUCCUCUCAAAGUAGGCACCAGAGUGGAGGUGAUCGGAAAAGGUGUUGUGGGGACAAUAGCCUACAUCGGAACUACAGUGUUUUCAGCAGGAAAAUGGAUAGGAGUUGUUCUGGAUGAACCAAGGGGCAAAAAUAAUGGCACUGUUCAGGGGAAAACAUAUUUCUCCUGUCCAGAAAAUCAUGGAAUAUUUGUAAGGCAGUCUCAGAUAAGUGCAUUGGAGGAUCAGACUCCCCCACCUUCAGCAAUAUCAGCAUCUCCUGCAGCACAAACACCUGCAGUUCCGUCAUCAACUGUAGCGGCUACACCAUCUGCUACCCCAGCCCGUAGAUCUGGUCUGAGACCACCCUCGGGAUAUAUGUCCAAAAGUACAGAUAGCAUUGAGGGUGCCCUUGCUGCAGGAGACAAGACAUCUACCCCUGCACAACCUAGCAUAUCACGCAUUCCACAUAGUAAAGAGUCCACUCCAGAAGGAGAAAAACCUGCAAGUGUAACUAAGUCUUCAGUAAUGCCACGACCUACAGGAUUGCCUAAACCUGCUUCGUCUACUACUCCUCCACCUGAUAAAGAAGCUAUUGUGGCUGAAGCACCACCACCUUCACCACCAAAAGUAUCACCACAUCCGCUACCAACACAAAUGAGUGAGGUUACAAACCUUUCAACAUCAAUAGAUGAAAAGUUAGCUGCAGUGCAAAACCAGCAGGAGAGAGAAGGACUGCAGGCUGAAGUCCGUGAUCUGAAGGAGAAGUUGGAGACCCUGAUGUUACGCCGUACUGAGGACAAGGCUAAGCUAAAAGAAGCAGACAAACUGAGAAUACAGCUUCAGCAGCUUCAAGAAUACAAGUCUAAAAUGCAGGAAACUCAUGCUGAGUUGCAGAGACAGCUACAGGCUUUUAAAAAGGAAGCUCAAGAUGUACGUCAGGAGUUUGAUCAGUACAAGGAUGAAAUGGCUGAUGUGUCUGAAUCCAUGGAAAUGGCUGCACUGGAUAAAGAAAUGGCAGAAGAAAAGGCAGAAACUCUUCAGCAGGAAGUGGAGCAAGCCAAGGAAAAGAUAGAAGAACUCACCUUAGAGCUGGAACUAUUACGUGGUGAAAUCAGCGAAAAAGGAUCAGAAGGUGUAGCUGCUACUUUUGAGAUGAAACAGCUGGAACAGCAGAAUGAGAGGAUGAAAGAGGGUCUUGUGAAAAUGCGUGACCUGUUGACCUCAGAAAAGUCAGACCGCCAACGGUUGGAGAAACAAAAUGAGAAACUCCAGGCAGAAAUAAUUCAGCUACAACGUGACAAAGAACGACUCACAGCCCAAUCUUCAGAACUUGAGAAACAAGUUAUUGAGCUAAAAGAACAGGUUGAUGCAGCACUAGGAGCUGAGGAAAUGGUGGAAAAACUGACAGACAGGAACUUGCAAUUGGAGGAGCGAAUUGAGGCUUUGGAGGAGGAGAAGAAUGACCUGGAAGCCCUUAAUGAAAUGAAUGAAGAACUGCAGGAAAAUGCACGGGAGACUGAGCUGGAACUGAGAGAAGAAAGAGACAAUACACAUGUGCGCCUUGGUGAGUGCCAGAGAAAGCUGGAUGCCAUGCAGGAAACUAUGGCAGAUUAUGAGACAACAAUCAACAAGUUCCGUAGUCUGGUGGCUCAGCUACAGGAAGCAAACAAAGAGCUGCGCAGCAAACAGCUGGAAUCAGAAAGCAAAGCUGAAACACCAACUAUAGAGCUGUUUGAUUUCAAAGCUAAGUUUGCAGAGACCAAAGCUUUUGCCAAGACCAUUGAUAUGGAGUUACGCAGACUUGAAGUGCAGCAGGCAACAUCCCACAUCAAGAUGCUGCUGUCAUUUAUGCCUGAAGCAUUCCUUGGUCGUGGAGGAGACCAUGAUGCAAUCUGCGUUCUUUUGAUGGUUCCUCGUAUCAUCAACAAGGCAGACUUAUUGGCCUCACAGGUCAAAGACAAGUUUGAAGUGGUAGAGAAAAUUGAGAAAGAUCAUGUUCUAAAAGGUUCAAAAGCAGAGCAGUUUAGUUUUGCCAACCAUCUUGUUCUGCUGCUUUCUUCUCUGCAGACUACUAUGCAUCAGUAUGAGAGUGCCUUAAACAACUGCAGUGUUGACUUGUUCAUCAAAGUGGGUACUUUGCUGCCAGAGAUGUCUGCACAUGAGAAGACUUUAGACCACUUCAUUGAAAUGUUGAGAAAAGAUCAGCUGGAUGAGACAGUGUCAUUGGAAAUGCUUGAGAAGUCUAUUGGAUUCUUUCAGCAAUUAUACACUGUACAUCUGUCAAGUGAACGAGUUGACUGUACAAGUUUGAUGUGUGACAAUGUACGCACUGUCUUAAGUGCCUGUGAUUGUGUUGCCACCGACAUUUCUCAGCUCAAGAUUUUGCUGCUGCCUGGUCAGGAGCAGAGUGAGUUUUCCAUUCUUUUGCGAGAUCUGGAAACUUGCAACAAUGACACCCGUAUGUGUGCAAGAAAGAUAAAACGUCGUUUACCUCAAGAGGGUUCUGCCAUGGCUACACCAUUAAGAUUUGGAAAAGAUAUUCAAGAUCUGUUGUUGGACAGCAGCAAUAAUAUCACCCGCGUUUCUCGCACACUGCAUGCAGUGUGUUCUGGAGCAAUGCAUCAGGCAGCCAUCAUGACAGGCGGAAAACUAACUGAGUUGGAAAAAAUAAAGGAUAAGGAAGGUAUAUUGGCCAAGAAGAUGGAGGAACUAGCAUAUGAGGCAACUGAUAAAGUGUAUGGCAAGGAGGAUACUGGACCAUAUGAGUGUCUGAGGAUGUCAUUUGGCAUUGUGGUGGGCACCAUGAAUAAGCUGGCUAAUGCAAUGGAGAAUGGAGAGUAUGAUUUUGAUGGAACACAUGACAAGAAGACUUUGGCACCAGUACGCCUACGAGCAGAAGCAAUGAAGAAUCACUUUGGGGAUGUGGAAGUGAUGCGUACCAAACUCGAUGUGAAAGAUGAAGAACUAAAGGAGAUCAAGAAACAACUCAAAAUAAAGCAAGAAGAGCUUAGUGAACAACAAGUACGUUUGGGAUUAAUGGAAAAGAAGCUGGAGAAUGCCAGCAAAGAAGCUGACGAUCGUGUUGAAAAGAUCCAGCGGAAACUGGAUGAGGCAAAUGUGCAAUUCAAGAAAAAGGAAAAAGAAUUUGAGGAGACUUAUGACACACUGCAGGGAGAGAUUGACAACCUAGAUCAGGAAAAAUCUGAGCUAAAAGAACGAUUGCGUGUGCUGUCAAAGAAAACACUUCUUGAAGGGCUGACACGACAGUCAUCUAGUCAUGGCACUGGCCAGCCACCCAGUCCUGUCGGUAGCACAACAGGCAGCACAACCAGUUUGACAGACUCUCCCCAGUUUAUUCACCAGGUGGAGUCUUUGCGGGAGGCAUUGCAGUUUUGCAAGAGAGAAAACAUCCGCCUGAAAGCAGAGAGAAUGAGGAGUCAGCUAUCAGACAUGCCAGCCAUCCAUCUGCCAGUGAAACCAGUAGGCCUAGGCAGUAAAACUGGACAUGUAGGCCUAAAGGAACUCCCUUCUUCUGUACCAGGCCGUCUGGAACUAGGAAUGUUAGCUAGCAAAACUGGAAAGCUCCUGGCAGAAGCCAACAAACUUAGUGCCUGUCCCAGCAUUGUUGACAUUACCAAAAGGAAACCAGGCACUGUCCCUAUCACUGACCACAGCAGUCCAGCUCAGCAGCUCAUUCAGAGAACAACACGGCUAACUGAACUGGAGAGAAAGACCACCGAGCUCCAGGUACAAGUGACCACUUUAUUGGCAGCCAAUCGUACGGGUGGUCAGGUGCGCACUGACUUUUCCACUUUUCCUACACCUCAAUUUGCCAAGAUGCUCUUUGAGAAAAGUGGAGAAAGUUUAAAAGUGGGUCGUAUACGCGUCCCAUGUCCUGGUGGUAAAGGAGAUACUAUUCCAGUCAACAUUCAACCUGAUCAGCUGCACAUGAUUCAUGCACGAUUUUUAAGUUAAAAUGAAUAAAUCUCAUAAUUUAAAAAAAAUGUAUAAACCUGCUUACCAUUAGGAUUCCAGUGUUGCUUUCAAGGGUAUGUGCAAUCUUUCGUAAGCUUAUCAAGAACACUUUAUUCUUUGGCUUUAUUUAGCAGAAAGCUCACUGAAAAUCUUGCCUUCCAUACAGUUUUAGAUGUUUCAUAUUGCCUUUAAAGUUAUAGUUUUGGGGUUGGUUUUUUUUAAUAUUUAAGAAAUUUUGUCAGGUUACGAUUUUGCUUUCACAUAAACUCCUAUGGUGACAUUUAUUUGCUAUUGUGACUGCUUCAAGCAGCAUUUAAGGAAAUAAAAGAUGAAGCACUGAAAAGAGGUAAACUACGGUUAAAAGUUCAUAGUAGGGGGAAAAAAAGAUUGAAGUGCUCCCAGAACCAACCACGAUGCAACAUAGCAAUGCUUUCAUGUAGCUUACAGUCAGUCAGAUUUGUUAUGCUCUUUUGUUUCUUGUCCAUUCUUAGGCGUAGCUGAAGCGUACUUUGUUUUUAUUUGUAGUGUGAGUGUACAAAAUUGUUUUAUUUUGAUUAGAAAUGUGUAUAUAUAUAUAUAUACUGUGCUUUAUCCUACUAGACUCAUCAACAUAGUUUGAAAAAGCCAGCUGUGCAACGCCAUUUGCCUUUCAUCGCUGGCUAUAGCAGACACUGAUGGUUUUCUCUCAGGAGCUAGGCCCAAAGUCCUAAGCAAUACCAGCUGCAGAGGUGGGAGGAAGCGUAUCUUUCCCUUUCCACUCUUUUUUGGCUAACCAUGUGGCUCUUGGCAUACAGGCGGCUUUGAUCUCUUUCAGGGGCAAUGUGGAGCUGUAGGUAAGGGACUUAAACAGGUUCCACAAGAUGUGUUUUUAAUCCAGUGUUUUGCCUUAACACUUCACUCUGAUCAUUUGGGGGAAAGGAGAUCAUCCCUGAGACCACACACAGCAACAGUGGCCUUAUAAAGAUGAGCUUUUCACUGAGACCAUAAAGUUUGGACUUCUUCCAUCUUCUGCUCUUGUCAACCAUGUACAGGAGGUCCUCGGAUGAUGUCAGCCCCGAAAUACGAUGUUUCGUGGUUACGACACAUCUCCCAUUUACUGUAUAAAGCCUUGUUUCCACUUAAGUGGUUUUGGGUCGUAAAUGUCGUAAUGCCAACUUCAUGUUUAUUUUUAUUAAUGUUUAUUAUUCCUGUUUCAUUUCAUUAUUAAAUGUAUUUUAUGUGUUUUUUGAUAAUUACUGUGUUAGGAUAGGAUUUACGUACAGUAUGUACGUAUGUUUCCGAUUUACAGCUAAAAUUGGUUUAUGACUCGACGUAGGAACGUAACGUCAUAAAGCGAGGACCACCUGUACAUGCUAAUGAUAUCAGGUUGACAGCACUGCAGUUGUUUUAUGUAACAUAGAGUCUUCCUCUCAUCUUUUGAAACGGCACUGAGAACUUUUUGAGCAAGCUUAAGUUAGCUGAUCUCAAGGUGCACAUUAGAGACUUCUCACGCUGCUUCAGAUCACCUCACCGAACAUCGCCUGUUUUAUCGUGAAACACAUCUUCUUUUCACACCAGAGCAUCCUUAUGAGACUGAUUUUAGGAAAGCAAUGUGGUCCUCCAAUGCAGAGACUGCUUGAUCUAGAGGCUCAAGAUGCACUGGAGAAAUUUGGGGAAAAAACAAGUUAAAAUGGAGCCCACAUUUUUGGUAUGUGUGGUAUUGAUCAUUGCCGCAAAUACCGAUAUCCAGUCCACCUCUACCUGAUCACUUUCACGAAGUACACCUCCCAGCGCUUAGAACACGACACCAGUCUGAGUUUGCCUUUCAUCCACCACUGCUGGAUGGUCCUUUUUUCCCCCAGAUUUAUACCAGAGUCUGUUGGGUGAUUAAGGAGGGGGUCAGCCUUACUUUCACACUUCCUUCUCCAUUGUCAAGUACACCCCAUGUGAUCCCUUUACUUAGACACUACCAAAGCAGCAGUACCCUGGCAUUUUAUAUCUCCUGCGCAUUCUACUCACAAGAUCUUUCCUGCCCAGAGUUUUACGUUCAUCUUCUUUGAGGUGGCAGUUGGAGACCUUCCUUUAGAUCUUGCUGUGCUGGGUUGAGUAGGAUAAAGGUACAUAGUAUGCAUUUCUAACAGAAAUAAACGUAAUUCCUCUCUAGGAAAAAUUUCCUUUUCACCGCAAGGUUGUCAGUGGGCCUUAUACACAUCAUCCAAUAUAUUUCAUAUAAUGGUUGCCAAUGAUCACCACCUUCAAGGAAUGUGCAAAACAGUACUGUAUUGUUUAUGGUUUAAAAUUCAUUGUUUAGAAUCUAGGAUUUCUUUUGUUAUAUCUAUGAGCUGCUAAAAGUUGUUUCUUCUGCUAAACGUAAGAAAGAGACACAAUCUCUUAACACUCAGAUCAUUUAUUAAUGAUUCUUCAAAUGUCUUAGAACAUCUGUGUGCUCAGACUUUUCUGUGCAUUCUUUUGUGAUACUUCAAAAUGGUAAAUGAGCAAAUAACUGCCAUUGUUAAUUAGCUGUGUGUUUCUGCUAUAUGUCCAUGGAAUUCUGGGUAAAAUUGUUAGCACUUUUGGCUUCAAGGUUGAAAAUUGGAAUUAAUAUGUUUUUAAUUAAUAUCAGUACCAUUCUCUUGAUGCUUAGAACUUUGCAGGUUGGUGUUGCUCCACAACUUUAUUUUGCAAAGUAUUUUAAAUGUUGCCUUUCAUGUUUUAUAGCAUACAAGCCCAAAGGAAAUUGAGCACAGUAUCUAUAAUCACUAUGACCAUUUAGGAUUGUGCCCUGUGUACAUUGUGAAUUGACUGCAUGAUGUUAAGCUCAGUAAUUGAAUUCUUUAUGGCUAUAAAUUGCACAGCUUAAUUUUUUUCAAUAAAUAUAGUUGGCCAAUAAUGUUGCCUCUGCAUCGAAAGAUAAAA